ACCAACUCAAGGCCCAACCCACAACACUGAAAUGGGCGCUGAAAUGAUCCGACUAACAUGACAAACACACUUGCAAUGGCGAAUCUUAGUCUUUAUGUUUUGACCUUCAACUGUGCCUGUUCCCUAAUCGACACCGACGCAUUCGCUUCGCAACUCUUCUCCGGACUCAGCACGCCUAAACUCCCCGACCUACUCGUUCUCUCCCUACAAGAAAUUGCGCCGUUAUCCAAUUCCUUGAUAGGCGGGUCCUUUCUGGUCCCAUACUUCUCGAGAUUUGACGAUGCUGUCCAAAAGGCGGCUCGAAAGCUAUCUGCCGGCUCCAACAAUACCUCGAUAUAUACACCGAUAGUAGCUCGGAAUGUUGGCAUGGUAGGAAUUAUGGUAUUUGCAAAAGAUCCUGCAGCUAUACAAGAUCUCGAAACUGGAGGGGUGGGAGUAGGAGCUGCGGAAAUGGGAAACAAAGGCGCGGUCGGUGCACGCUUCACGUAUCAUAGUGGAGGUUCCUCCUAUACGGAAUUGACAUUUGUCUCGGCCCACCUGGCAGCGAUGGAAAAUGAGGUCCCACGCCGAAACGAAGAUUGGAAGAGCAUAGUGCGGGGGUUAAUCUUCUCAUCUGCACCUCAAGAAGGGAUGCCAGCAACAUCGUUAACAGCAGCCAGCGAAGGGCUACCCCUCCUCUCAAUUUCACCCCAAGAUGCCUCAAUCUACAAAUCGACAUCCCACCUCUUCCUGGCAGGAGAUCUGAACUAUCGAACCUCGACCAUCAAACCCUCGCCCUCGGAUCAUAUCGAUUCGUUCCCACAGCCACAUCACGAGCUCUCUUCACCAAACCACUUCUCCUCCCUCUUCAAAAGAGAUCAAUUAAACCAAGAACGCCUUGCAGGUCGGACUUGCCACGGUCUGAUCGAAGCCCCCGUCACAUUCCCCCCAACAUAUAAAUAUGACCCCAAAGAACCAUUCCUCACUCCCGACGAAGAUUUAUCGAGGUGGUACUGGGCCAAACAUCGAUGGCCCAGCUGGUGUGAUCGGAUCUUAUACCUCGAUAUCCCAUCUUGGCUGAAGAGCCAAGAGCCCUCCGCGCAUAUAAUCACACAUAAAUAUACGGCAUUGCCAUUACUUCCAACUUCUGAUCAUCGGGCUGUCGCAUUGGACGUAUCGGUUCCUCUGAUCCCCAUCCCGAAGCCCGACGCGGAAGAGGAGAGUGGGAAUCCGGACCCACGAGUCAGUCCACCGUUCGGUGUAGACCCGGAUUGGAAGCAGCGGAGAGCGCGCGCGCGGUUGUUAGAGUUGGUGACUGGGUUUGCAAUAUAUUUUACCAUGACUCUGGAAGGUGCUGGCAUUGUGCUGGCCAUGCUACUAGGUGCUAUCGGGGCUUAUUUUGCUAUCAGGGCGUUGGUUUUAUAGGAUGGACGAGAUAUGCAUGGAUGGACGAUUCCCAGGUGAUGAUAAUGACGUUCAAUGAUUA